AUGGUCACUCCGUUCAGCGAAAGUGACAAUGAAGAAAAUGAAUCUUAUUAUGAAUCAGAUGACGAAGAUGAGCAUAGUGAGGGAGAAAAACAAGACAAUUUUAUUGUUGAGACCUCUUCAUUCAGGGAAAGUGUUUAUGAAGAAAGCGAAUCCGAUUCGGAAUCAGACUGCAGUGAUGAAUAUAAAUCUGUUGCUGAACUCGAUCACGAGGAUGAGCCUGAUGAGGAAGAAGAACAUGACCAGUCUGAUGAUGAUCUCCCGAUGCUCAUCUUCCAGUUCAGCGAAAAUGACGAUGAAGAAAGUGAAUCUUACAAUGGAUCAGAUGACGAAGAUGAGCAGAGUGAGGAAGAAGAACUCGAUGAGAUCACCGAGGACCAAGAGAAAAUGUACUUUGCAAAAAAGGAAGAUAAUGAGAAGAAAUUUGAUUCAGAGGAUGUUCCUCACUUACAGUUGCUUGAUUGUAGAGAAGAGAUCAGUCAAAAAUGUGAUCCAGAAGAAUUUGAUUUGGGUAUUCUGUUCAGUGCGGAAGAGCAUGAUCACAAUUUGAAUUCAGUGAAAGUGAGUAGCUUAUGUUCGCUGGUGGAAAAGAUAGAGCCAGAUGAUGUAUGGGAUUCAGAAGAUGAAAGCAAUAAAGAUCAGUUCAAUGAAAUAGAGGUACAGGGACCUCCCAAUCAAAAACAACAACAACAACACUGCAGCGAGCACAUGGUCGAACAUCGACCCAACAAGAACACGAAAAAGAGAAAGAACAUUCUCAUGGGAUGGGUAUGUUCAAAGAUUCUGAAAAUUUUUAUCAAAAGCAAAGUGCUUUUGUAG